UGAAGAUUGAAUAAGAGUUUGAAUUACAGGUUGAAUAAGAGUUUGAAAUGCUACUAGGAAAUCUGAUAUUUUUACUGCAACUCUGCAAAAGCAAAGUUUUUAGUAUCCCGUGUAAAACCUAAAUUUUUGUGUCUGUAAAUUUAUCCAAUUUUUUAACUUUUCUUUUUUAUGUAAGAAGGAAGUUUGUUUUGUCGAUUGUAAAUUUUGUAAAUUGAAAUCAUAGUUUGAAAUCCAACAGAGAUGUUUUAACUUGGACAUUUUGUUUAAAUUUGAACGUUAUUUAAUGAUAGAUAUAACUUCUUAAAAAUACAUUUUACAAAUUUUUAAUUAUCAAAUUAUAUUUUUAUGAUAUUUGAUUUUAUGAUAUAAAUGAUAAUUGAUCACACUAAUCUUUGUAUAGGUACUUAUAAAGAGAACAUAUUCGGAAUUUUCAUCGACAUUUUUGAGCCUUAAGAAUUUACUCUUUUAUACCUAUCACGUAUUUAUUUUUUACGACCAUGAAAAAAAUAUCUCAUUUCCGCCCGCCAAACUAUUGAUUUCCAUUAUGCUUAUUUUUGCCAAAACCAAGAAGAUUGCGGAAAAUCUUAUUGCUUUAUUGAUCUGUAGGGUCUGUUGGGGUUUUGGGUAUGGUUGGGUAAUUUAGGUAUAAAUUGUAUUUUCUAUAUAAAAAUUAUAACUAUAUACCCAAAUAAAAAUUAUCAUGAAUGUGUUCCUCAUGCACUUAUAAAAGACACAUAUAAAAACACCAAUAGUUAUAUUGGCAACACUGACCACGGCUUUUUUACAAUUUAUAUUAGCAACACUGACCACGACUUUUUUACAAAUUAUAUUGGCAACACUGACCACGACUUUUUUUACAAAUUUUAUAGGUUAUGUACAAAUAUCAGUUAAAUAAAAAAAAAUAUAUCAAAGCAUUGUCAUUUGUUAUUCCAUUAAGAUAUUUUUAUCUAAUUUAAGUAUGUAUACAUUAGAUAAUAAUAAUUUCUUGUUUUAUUAACUUGGGCUACUAAUAUAUAUUAUUUGAUUUGUAAUUAAUUAUUUAAAAGUUCGGGUUCAUGUCGGUAUAACUACUGUAAACUUUAAAACUAACCUAACUUUUAGUUUUAGAUAAUGCCGCGCACAUAUAUGAAAAAAAAACUUUUAAAUCUGAUUGAAAAAACUAAAGAAGAUGUUAAGAAUGGAAAAUCAAUUUAUGCAGCUGCAAAAAAAAAUACAAUAUUCCGUAAGAAAAUUUGAGACGAUAGUGCGCGAGUCAUUCAACCUAUUAACGCGCAGACAGAGGUACAGUAUUAACAAGUUAAGAACACGAAUAUGUAGUAGAUGUCUAAAUUUUUAAUUUCAAAUUGUGGAUAUCCACUAGACAGAAAAGAUCUACAAUAUCUGGUGCACAGUUAUAUAAAGUAAGCGGGUAGGAAGACACCAGUGAUAUUUUCGUACACGAGAACGAAAACGAGAACGAAAAAAAAAGCCUUUCGUUUACGAAAACGAAAACUAAAACAAAUCUUAAACUACAUUUAGCAAGAAACCAUAAGUCUGUACACGUUGAGCUGGAAGAGUCGGAAUUAAAGAAAUUAAGUGAAAAAAAGCAAACAGGGAUAAAGAGAAAAGCAGUGGAUGAAAAUGGACCCACUCUUUUAGAAUCGUCCUCAAAUCAGAACCAGACCUUGAUUCAAUGCAUUAAUCGUAGGAAUACCGCAUGACCUAUUAAUUCACACGAGCAUAAAAUUCGACUAAACUCUCUUAUUCAAAUAAUAAGUGCAACAUGUAAUCCAGUGACAUUGGUGGAUAAUGCGAGUUUUAGAAAGUUAGUUAAUACCUUGGAUUAUAAAUUUUCAUUGCCUGCUUCUGCCAAAAUUACUAGCCUACUUAAUGAAGAAUUUACCGUUUUAACGAGAAAACUUCGUGACUUCAUAUCUGAAGGCAGGCGCUUCACAAUAUGCCUUGAUGGCUGGACUAAAAAAGGUCUUACUGCGUCCUUUUUAGGAAUUUCGGUUUGUUUUUUUCAUUUCAAAUCCGAAAAACCAAUACAUGCUCUGCUUAAUUUGUAUCUUGUGAAACAUCCACAUACAGGUGAACAAAUUGCUAAUUGUUUUGAAAAAUGCCUAAAAUAUUGGAAUAUUUCCAGAGAAAAAAUAUUGCUUGUUAUUUCGGACAAUGGAGCAAACAUGGUCAAAGGCAUAAAGUUGUCGAGAAUGAAAGCUCAAGCUGAACGUGAUAUACUUAUUGAAUUAGAAAGUGAGGUUAAUGAAGAGCAGAUAACAGAUCUGGAAGACGAUGAGAAUAUGACAAAUAGUGAAGAGUGGGAACAUGUUGACUUGAUAGUUGAUGUAAUAGAAAACGUAGCAUUUAGAAGAUUGGGAUGCAUUGCACAUGUUAUACAGCUAGUUGUAAAACUUGCAUAUGAUCGUAAAUAUCAUGGCUUACUUUUGAAGGCACGUGGAUUAGUGGGAAAAGUUUGCAAAUCUUCUGUUGCAUUGGAAAAUAUUAUCAACAAAUGUGGUAAGACUGUGAUCAGCGACUGUUCUACAAGAUGGAACAGCACUUACUUUAUGGUUCGGAGAUUUCUGGAAAUAAAGACAUCUAUCAACGAAGUGCUUGGAGACCUUAACAUUGAUUCACUUGCCAAUAGCGAAUGGAUAAUGCUUCAGGAUUUUGUCAAUCUUUUAGAACCUUUUGCCAAUGAAACUGAUAUUCUUCAGACGGAUGCACUUUCACUAUCCAGUGUUAUACCUUCAAUACUUAAUUUAGAAUGUCACCUUGAGCAAUUUGGAGAUGCCAAAGAUGUAGCAGUUAAAAUGCUUGAAGAUCUACGUCGUCGUUUUGCCGUUCUUUUGCAGCCAAACGAUCCUAAUUUUAAUCCACUGCCAUGUGCCGCAUGUCUACUUGACCCCACAUGUGCAAUAGCUCUUUUAGGUAAUGAGCAUACACAAAUCAGAGAGUGUGCAAAAAAAUACAUUUUGUCAGAGGCUAAAAAAUCGGUGCAACAUGAUUUACCUUUAGCAAGUGCAUCUACUCUUUCUGUUGAGAUUGCUCCAGACAAAAAUGGAUUAACUAAAUGGAAAUUUUUAGCGGCAAAACAGCGAGUAGAAAAAAUAAAGCUUAUUCCAGGUAAUGAAGCACAAAAUGAACUCAACAAAUAUUUUAUUGAAAUAAGGAACAGCUCUAUGUGCCAAAAUGCUUUAAAUUUCUGGAAGAUGAGACGUGCUGUUUACCCACAUAUUGCACCAUUAGCUGAAGACCUCAUUGCAGCUCCUGCAACUCAAGCAUAUGUUGAAAGACUUUUUUCAAUCUGUGGCUUGCUCACAAAUGGACGGAGAAAUCGAAUGUCAGCGUCAUUAGAAAUGCGAGUUUUCUUAAAACUAAAUUCUCAUCUAGUCUAGAUGAUAGUCAUAUAAUCACUAGGCCCUUUAUUUGUAAAAUAUAUGAGUAAUUAUUAAAGUCUAUACAAUAACUAUUCAUUAGUUUUUAUUGUUACCAAAUUUGAGAAGUUUUUUAUAUACCUAAUAAUUGAAAUUUUUUUAAAUUUUAGAGCAAUAAGGACAGGUUGUUGUUGUGUUUUUUAUUAAGGGCGGUGGGUGGGGCUCUAAACUUCUAGCGAUGGGACUGGGUGUAUUACAUUUAAUUAAGUUCUCAUUUUUUUGUUUGUUUAUAGAACUAAGACUUACUUCUUUUAAUUAUAUAUGCCUAUAUUAUUUAUAAAUUAUACUAAAUUAUAAUUAGAUGAGAUAAAA